UCUGGGAACGACAAAUUUACCCGGAAAUGAUGAAAAGUUUGGAAGCUGUGACCUUGGCGAGCGUCGAUCAUAUUGAAAUGAAGCCCGGGAGGUUCGAGUUGUUCGGUUGUGACUAUUUAAUUACGGAAAAUUAUCAAAUGUACUUGUUGGAAAUUAAUCGGGGACCUGCGAUGUGUUAUUAUACGCCAAUUAGCAAAUAUGUCUGCGGUACCGUGAUGGAAGAUAUCCUAAAAGUUGUUCUCGACUUGCCCAAAGAUCCAAACGCCAGCACGGGAGGUUGGGACAAAAUUUUCGAGAUGCCGCUGCUUAAAAAGCCACAAAAAUCGUAAAAUUCUAAUUUUUCAAGAAAUAAACA